AUGACUGAAUCUAUAGCUGUGCUGGCGAGCUCCUCACAGCCAUUGCCAGAAUCUGUUGAAGACGUGGCCUCCGGCCCAAAGGUUGCCUUCCCUCCUGGACCUCUGGAGGAAAGUCUUGGUCAUGGCCGACGAGGGUCUUCGGGAUCUGCCACCUCCGCAACCUCCGGCCCUUCGUCAAGAAGUAGUCAAGAUGACACCACUCCUCCAACAUCAGCGUCGGGUUCGGAGGAAGAGCUCGACGAUGAGUGCGAGGUCGACGUUGAUGAAAUCGAGGCGCCAGGCCCACACGACACAACCGGCGUUGCCCCAGAGCGGUGCGAUGAAGAGACAUUUGGAGAGAUGAUGGUGUGGGAGGUGGACGACCUCAUCCAUGGCUUUCCAAUACCCGCCUCACAUGAUAUGGCUCCCUCUCCGAACCCAACCACACCACCCACUCUGGUUCGGAAGGUCGUUGCCAGCCUCGUCUUGCAAGGGUGCCGCAGCCUUCCCACAGUGGCCACCGUGGCCGGCAUCCAGGCAUUGCAGUCCGGAGCAGUAUUGUGCGGCUCCCUCCAGACGACUCUAUUGAACCCACUUGCCAACGUGCUUGCACACUUGGCCGCGAGCAGAGCAUCGCUACACGCGUGA